AUGGUACUACUGGUGUGGAAUGGCGGCCUAGAAGAGAAGAGAGAAGAGAUUCAAAUGAUGGCGAAAGAAGCAGCCGAUGGCGAUAAGAAGUUUGCUUAUGAGCUGAGAUCUACCAUCGAACCAUUACUGUAUAGAUGUGAGCUUAACAAUUUCAAUGAUGAGCUACUUAAGAUAUGCGAAGAGCCCUUGGGUUUGGAGAUGAACGUAAAAGCAAAAAUCUUACUUGUUGCUAUUAAUACUUUGAGCACUUCGAAAAAGUUUUGCAUCACUACAUACAAAGAAAAUCAAUACAUAGAAACUCUCGUAGAAAUAUUAAAUAACAUGCUUUCUAAAGAACUCUUCACAGCUGUACAAUUUCUAGUUGCAAUUGGAGAGUUUAUUGAGAAAGAAGAGACUGGACUGCACAAGAGUUACAAAUGUAUCCAAGGAAAUCAAACUGAAAAAAUGAAUAACUUACUAAAGAAAAGCAUGGAGCUAACAGCACAACUGCUUUGCUGGGUAAAGGGAUAUUUCUCUACAGAAAAUAUGAAGCGUUUGUCAGAUAUUUCUUCAACAAAGCUGUUACAAGAGACCCUUGUUAAAGUUAUUUCAGAGAUCUGUAAACUUUCAAGAUUCCCAGAACAUCCAGAUUACAAAGAUGUUUGUCUACUAGGUAAUGAGCAAAUGCCUUUGUAUUCAGAUAUUGCUCAUAACUGCUUGAGAGUGCUUAAUCACAUAGCUAAUUCAAUAUACAAGCAUUUUAUACUUGACAAAGAGGGUACCCAAACAAUGUUUGUCAAACAAAUUUCCAAGUAUUGUUUGCCCGAAGUGAUUAUUCUUGCAUUUGCACACAUGGGGAAACAUGAAUGGACAACUCCAAGUUCCAGAAAGGAAGCAAAAAGUCUUGUGACAGUUGCCUGUAAACUAACCAACUCAAGGAACACAGAGGAACUUUUAAUAGGGUAUGGGACAACAUUGAAUUCUGAAAAGGGAGACCAUUUUGGUACAGAGCUUAUAUUUACUGAAGGUGUUCUAAGCUUAGUUUUAGAGAAGGUUUGCUUGCAGUUUUCAAAAAAUGGUUGGAAAAAAGAUCCGAGUUUGAAGCAUGUCGUUCUCUUUGCUACUGUGAAAGUAAAGUACCCAAACUUGAAUUCACAUUUCAGGAUCCUUAUUCCUUUGUUGCUAGAGGUAGCUGAAGAUUACCAUCAUGAAAAUCAGGUGCUAGGGAUUGGAGGCUUGCACUAUCUGUUGGAAAAUGUUAAUGCAAGUGAACUGAACUUAUACAACCACUCCGAAUUGAUAUAUCAAGUCUUAUUCAAGAUGUUGUACAGAGCAAAAUUUGCAACACUUCAAGUUCUUUUACCUUGCCUAAAAACACUUUUGUUUAAAUUAGAGCCUUUUCCUAGCAGAAUCAGCUUAGAAAAGAAUUCUAGGUGGGAUGAGAUAAUGAGAAAACUGAUCUCAAAUCUUGAAUAUGAAAGUAAGAGAAAUGUUAAAGAAGUUCUGCUUGAAAACAUUAUAAGUUUUGCAAAAGAACUUCAAAUUAAUUGUAUCAAGUACUUGUCUUCUAUAACAAAAACAACAAGUUCGGUUUUGGAAAUUUAUGAUGGUCAAGAGGGUCAACUCAGAACAAUGGGGCUUGAACUUAUCAAGACCUUUGUUCUGAACUGCUGGCCUGUAAUUCAUAAACAUGUUGGUCUGAUACUUAAGAUCUUGCUCAGGCUGAUCGUGGAUUUAUGUCUGGAUGAUGCAAUGACAUCAGAAGAAAGGAAGAAAUUCAUCAAACAGAUGUCACUAGAAAUAAUCAAAUUAUUAAGCAGCUGCUGUGGUACUGAAGUUGUAAAAGAAUACCUUAUCACUGCUUUAGAUGCUCAAUUAAAUGACAAACUGAUUGAAGUAAAGCAGUUCCUUGAACAGGCAAUGAAUGAAGUUGAUGAACUUGGAUCAACCACAUCAAGCAAAUAUGAUUCUUCGUUUCAGAUGCAAAAUUAAGCUACAUACAAUAGAACACUGCCAGUGGCCAAGAAUGAUUAUUGACAAGAAAUAAUUUUUGAUUUGAUAUAUACUAGGCUAUUAAAAGAUUUUAUUUUACAUUUUACUGAUUCCUUUUUUCAGUUACAAAAAGUUAUUUUCUUGUCUUCUUAGAUUUAACUAGGGGUAUUCAUUCCUUGAAGAAGAAAAGUGUUAGUUGGAUAUAAAUUUAGACUGAAUUCACACUCUGAUGAUUUAUUUAAAGUAGUGCAUUUAAUUUGUCUCUAACAGAGUACCCUUUUAAUCUCCAAAAGUAUCAGAUGCUGUGUAAGCAAACAUGAUUUUAACUGAUUCUAAGCUAAAUCAAAUCUUUUAAUCGUGUUCAAUUCAAUUUGAAAAAUAGUCUUUAAGAAAAAGGCCGCUCCCAAGAAAGUUCUAAUCAUUUUAAUGAGCAAACAUGCGAUGUCAAUUAUAAGUGAUGGCUUGCAUUGUCGACCAGGAAUUUAAAAACCGACAAGGAGAUGAUCUUUGUUAGAAUCAAGAAAUUUGGUAAGUCCAAGACGUGAUUUCAUAAUUUGUAUUUUGUAAAAUGGCAAAAGAAAACAGAAAACUGGCUAAUGUUUACUUCGGAACAGGUUAAGAAAGGAAAUUACAUUUGGAACGAUGAUUGAUGUUCUUCGCGCAUUCAACUAGCUCACACUGCUGACACUGUCGGACAUAGCGGAAGGGCCAUCAAAAACUCUUU